AUAUUGUAAUGCGGAUUGCGGAUUGCAGACGUCGCUGUCUUCUGCCGUAAUUGUGUUAAUAAGUGCGAUUGUGCUGUUAUUUGAUUUUAUCAAUUUUAACAUAUUGAAAUAAAACUUGUGUUUUGUUUUAUGUUUUACAAAUUCAUGUCCUAAUAUGGUGCUAGAAUGUGAUGACAAAUGUUUACAUUUUUGGAAAAGUUAACUAUUGUAUAAUGAACAAAAAAAAAUUAUUUAUUAAUUUUUAUUUCAUACAUUCCUGUGAUAUUUAAUUUUCAAUUACAAAAUGACUGUUACAUAUACCGCUGAAGUGGCGACUUGUCGCGGUUUUGGCACAUUUUUGAAGGUUUUAUAUAGAUGGCGGGGAAGUAUAUACAAAUUAGUAUGGCUGGAUCUGCUCGUGUUUUUAUUAAUAUAUUAUAAACUCAACAUUAUCUAUCGAAUGCUGUUAGAUGAAGAAUCAAAAAGGUUACCCAUUGUGUGGGCGACAAGUAUAGUGACGAGAGCUCGAAAGGAAGGAAGGAUAAGAGAUGACUUCGCAGUGAAAACGAUCAUAGAUGAAUUAAACAAAUUUAGAGGGCAGGCUGGAUUGCUACUCAGUUAUGACACUAUAAGUGUGCCUUUAGUGUAUACACAGGUAAGGUAGAUAUUAGGUACUUUUAAUUAUGGUAUUAUUGUUGCUUUGAAUCUGAUACUCGUAGCCGUGUGUUGUAGAAGUCAAAAGUUAUCUAUUACUCUGCAGGUUGCGAAUACGAAUUCCAGUGGGUAUUAACAUUUUCAAUCAAAAAUGUAACGUGCCGGAGAAGAGACAUUGCACCGCAUAAGCUUGCUUGAUUUUUGACCUUUAAUGACUUUAUUAAAACAUUUCAGAUUAAUAGCGUUUAAGAGUUAGGCGUUAAGUAUCAGCCGUGGUGGUUUAAGCGUUUAUACGUGGUAGAGCCAUGCUGCAGCUAUAUUAGUAGUACAGUUGUAGCACGAAUAAGUCGGCUCUACCGGGGACAGACCACGCUCUCACAGAAUACGAGCGUAAAAUAGCAGCUUAAAACUGCUGUUUCGUAUUGGUAUGGUAAGUGUAGAGAACCGAACACCCUUUUUACUGGAAAUGAGGCAUUCCUUCUGAGUCCUCACAGGUGACAACGCAUCUGCAUUUUGAUUUGUUAUAGUCCCAUCAGGUGGACUGUGUGCUCGUUUCUCACCUUUAUCCUAUAAAAAAAGAGAUAUCGGUUAAGAGUUAGCCGUGGCGGCGUAUUUCGAUCCACUUUUGUCUGAAAUAUAUCAUUACGGAAAAGGAUAGAUGCCUGACCGGUAUCGACCCGGACAGACCGGCGCGGCGUCGGAAAAAAAAAUAUGUAUAUCCUGCGACUUUAGUGCGGUUAGCCAUUUGGAUUUUACGGCUUCAUCGGACUCGGUGCCUCCCAGGCUGUAAUCUAUGUAAAGGAGGACAGAUGAUGAUUUUAAUGAUGCCUGAUGAUGAUGAUGCAAUUUUUUUACCGUGUCCGUCUGUUUCGUAUGCGACGUAUUGCGACUAUUAUAAUAAAAUCCAAAAAGAUUUUACUAUAAUAGUCGCAGUUUCUUACGUGGUAGAGCCAUGCUGCAGCUAUAUUAUUAGUAUAGUUGUAGCACGAAUGGGUCGGCUCGACCAGGGAAGGACCACGCUCUCACAAAAAACCAGCGUAAAAUAGCAGCUUAACGCUGCUGUGUUUUGUAUGGUGAGUGUAGAGAACCGGAGACCCUUUUUACUGGCAAAGGGGCAUUCCAUCUUAGUCCUCACGGGUGACAACGCAUCUGCAUCUUGAGUCUUUAUUGAGGAUAGAUGUAGAUGUAUAUGGGUCACAGUAACCACUUACCAUCAGGUGGACUGUGUGCUCGUUUGUCACCCUAUCCUAUAAAAAAAGAUGUCAUGGCUUUACCGUAGAUGGUGGUAUCACCAAUUAGUGUAAGCCAAAUGUAAAAUACCCAGGCCAGCUGGGAGCAGUGACAAAGGUGCGAGACAUCUGGUUUUGCGAUCGACAAGCCGCCUUCUAAGUGUCGAUUAUGACAAAUCCUUACUUCAAUGGGAGAGGCACAUGUCCAGCUGUGGACAAGCUAAUGAAGAAACAUUUUUUUAUAAUAAUGUAAUUCUUAUCUGGCUCACGUAAAUAAUACAGUAGGGCGAGGGGAAGAUUGGUUACUGAAUAGUAGUGUUUGUCGCGCUGUUCCAGUGUGCAUAUUUUUAUAUGAGAUAUCGGACUUAACAUCACUUCGAAAAAUUUUUUAAAAUAAGUAAUAUAAUAAUAAGUAGAAUAUUCAUUGCAUUGCAUGUUAUAUUUGAACACUUAUUUCAAAAUAAAAAAUCAGUAAAUAAGUAAGUAUAUAAAGUUCGAAUGCGUUCAUCUGGAUGACGCACUGGACGAACGAUUAGGAGCUCAGGCUCGUUUUAAUACUAACCCCAGACAAGUCUUGAGCUUCCAAUGUUGUUUUUGUGUUUUGUUUCGCAACAGGACGUUGACGGCGCGACUUUGAGACGCGCCCAGUCAUUUCUGUAUGUUUUACAGCGGUAUAAUAUGCUUCUCUAUACAUUUUUAGAAAAUAGGUUCAAAAGGGGCGCCGCGUCCUCGUUCAAUGACCCUUAUUGCAGCUCGUGCCACAGAAUAAAUAAUAGCAGUAAUAAUAAAUAAUCCUACUACGUACUCGCGUCUUAGGAAGAAUUUUAUUAAUAAGUUCUUUCUUCUUUAUGUCAUUUUCCAUUAAUGAUAAGUUAAUGAUAAGAAAAGAGUAAGCGGUUCUAAAUUGUUUCCUGUUUUUUAUUCACCGUAAUUACGUCUACAUUAAGGCGUUAAGAGAAAUUACCUAAUGUAAAUGUAAUAUGUAGAACAUUACAUUACAUAGGAACGCACCAAUACACCAAAGUACCUACAUUGGUGAAUUUUACAGCGGUCGCUAUCGUAGUUAUGAAUAGAUUUACUUUCUCAUUCUCAUCGAUCACUCGUAAUGUCACGAGCUCAUUAAUAAGCAGCCAUUACUUGAAUUAGAUUUCACGUUUUUGUUUGUUUUUAGCGUUAGCGAUGUAGGGGGGAUCCCUCUAUUACUAGCCUUUUAAGUUGAACGCACAUUUGUCCGUGCCGUACACGCCGUACGCGCCAAAUUUUAGAAUUCGUUAUUUGAAAUCAUAUUAUGAAACCUGGCACAUUACACCCGCACCGUACGCGCCGAAUUUUAUAAAAUGCGGUAGGUAUACGAUAUCGAAGGACGAAUGCUGAUGACGUCAUAUAACGCGGCGCGUUCGGUUCGUGCUGAUACCACAUGAGUCUCUUUACUCUGUGCUGAUACUCAGUGUUGUCUAAUGUGGCCAACUUAGUGGAUUUUCCAAUAUAACUGGUGGUUUCGAUUUACAUGAUAAUUUUUGUAUUUGUAUAACUUUUAAUUCAUUCGUAAGUAAUUAUACAUAAUUUGAAUUUUUUUUGCAUCGAUUAGCAAUAUGUAUUCCUAGCGAUAAAUUAUUUAAAUACUGAACUAACAAAAAAAUAGUUAUAUUUAAUCCAAAAACCCAAUUAUACCUGAUUACUUAGUUAUCAAUUAAAAUACUUACCUCAAACAUACAACAAGUCUUUUUUACCUAGUUCAAUUGGCCUUCUAAAUCUUGAAAAUAACGAUGAACGAUUCUUUUAAAUCUCUUUAAAAGAAUCGUUCAUCAUCAUCUAAUAAGUCUUUAAAUAAAGUAUAUCCCAUUCAUAUUCUCCAUACAAUUGCCUUUUAAAAUUAAUAUUAUGAUUACAGAAUCUUCUUCUUCGAAUUUUAUUUUCUUCUUCCUCUGCCAAUAAGCAGGUAAUUACUAUAUUUCUAAGAUAAUUAAUAGAAUCAAGCGUUACUUUGCGAAAGUCCAUUAUAUUAAAUUUGACAAAAAAUUACUUUACGUACAUCCGCUAGAUAAAAUAAAAUGAUGUGUCUUACCUAGUUUGAAGAGCACCUCCCGCCCUCCCUCAAUUGCGUGCACUAUCCCCGUCACCACUAAUCCCAGCACCACUACUGCCAACAUCACUACACUAGGAAAGACACACCACUGACGACAAUACGACACGUGUUUCGCCUCUACACGAGGCAUCCUCAGGUGAUAUAGACUCUACGGUGGCUAACCGCUAAGUGAGCGGCGAGCCAAAACAACUGCUAUUUAUACAGACCGCUGACGCAACCGCUCUCUACUUAAGGAGUGAGCGACUGCGUCAUGCGAUAAAACAUGCCACCAAUCACCGCCAGACUUACGCAGCUGUUUGUAAAAUUAAAAACAAACCGCCGCGCAACGCCCGCCUACCUUCCAACCACGCAACCAAUCGCUGAUCACCGUGAGGGUGACAAACGAACAUAUUGCGAGGCUCUCUAUAAAACUACAAAAUUAUUUGGCAAUACAAAAGAUUUGCGUACGGCGCGGACGAUGCGUAUGGGCAAAUGUGCGAGGCCAUCAGUAAAACUCGGCGCGUACGAUGCGAACGGUGCGGACAAAUGUGCGUUCAGCUUUAGUGCCAAUUUUCAAUUUACAAAUUCGUGCUAUUGUAAAAAGAGCACAAUAGCCGGUACCUUUGUUUUAGUAGAUAGGUUAAAUUCACUUUUUCAUUCAUUAUAUUAUUUCAAGAACAAUUUAAAAACUAAUAGAAAGGGCGUUGUGUCCAAUUUCGGCCGUUUUAUACCGAAUGUCGUUCAUGCCAGCCUAGGGGUUGUCCAUAAUUACCUGAGGGGAUUUUGGCGAUUUUACUAAUCUUCCCCCCACCCCUGGUGAGAUGUCGUGAGAUAUAUGCAUAGUUUUAGUGUAAAUUACGUUAAUCUUCACUUGAUUGCGUUGGGUUUUCUCGAAAUUUACACUACGUGCAUGGACGUAUAAAACGUAUAAACAAGGCUGACUGAAUCUCGCUAUACAACUCACCGAGGCACCCAUAAUAAGUCAGCUCUCUUGUACGUACAAGGGGUCACGCACACAUUUACACUAAUAAUAAGUCUACCACCCGCCAUUACGCAACAAACGUCGUCCGCGAGAAGUAGUUGUCGUAAGUAAAAACAAAAAUCAAUAUGCCGUCUUGCGUCGUUAAAUUUUGUAAAAAUCAUAGUGGUUUUAUCAAAAAACAUCAAAGGAUCACCUUUCAUGUCAUGUGUCAGUAAUUAUAAUCACUUAUUUGAGAAUUUUAUGUCUUAAAUUAAAAUUCUACUUUUAGAAUACAGAUCAUGGUCACGUGAUCAGUGUUGUUAAUUAUUUAUAGGGAAAAUUACCCGAAAUUUGGGAAAUUGCUAUUUUUACCCACGUUUGCACGGAUACGGUAUAUAUGUUUGCCCAACAACCUCUUAAGGUUGUUUUAUAUGCACUUUUUUGUUACAAUUUUCCUGAAAAAGUAUCCGGUAGAUUAUAAUGCGGUUAAAUGCAUUAUUUGGCCGUAGUCCAUUAUGUUGUACUGUAAUCGUUAUUUUUAUUUUUUACUAUGUUACCAUUUCCUGAAAAUUGGACUGAUUAUAAUACGGUUAAGAAGGUUCUUAAAUGUGUUGUCAUGUUUAAUUUAAUAUAUAAAUCUCAUACCGAAUC